AUGGCCGCCAUCAGCCCUACAGGCACGGAAGAAACGGCAUCCCAGGCCCGUUUUCAACCGCCAACGCGUACACUGACAAUCGGCACAGCCGAUUCUGAGAGCACUGACGUCACCCCACUUUCGGAGGUAGAUGCGCAGGAUCUGAGCAAACAACAUAAAGUCCACGUCGAGUACCUGGAAUCUCUCGUGCCCCCUUCCCCUUCCCAGUUUCAUAAAAUCUCCUUCAUCCAAGAAGAGCGUGAGCUGGAGCACCGACGACAGCGAAAAGAAUCACGCAGACGCAGCCAAGGACACUCAUCUCUCAAUAGCCCCUCGCUGUGGUCCCAGGCAACGAUUGCAGACGACCCCACGCAAGACCCCACUAUAAUCAUAGCCGCCGCCGACACUGCCCCCGGGAACGCUCCGACCAUGUCUCAGGAACCGCCCCCAGCCGACCAAGAGUCGUCUGAAGCCGCGGCCAAAUUGAUCCAGAGGACCUACCGAGAAGAGGUCAACCAGGCUGCGCGGGAGCACUGGAAGAAGGCUGCUGCCGUUCUUCGGCGUGCCGGCCAUGACAUCGACGCCGACCCGGACACGAGCGACUCCUCAUCCAUCUCUUCUUCGUCGUUAUCCUCACUCUCAGAUGACGAGGAUGGCAAUGGCCUCGCCGCGCGGCACCGCAAGAAGAAGCGUGAGCAGCUCAAGCAGGGGAAACACACUCGCAUGAUGGCGCUUCAGUAUUUCCUCGAAAUGGUCGAUCAGAAACACCGGUACGGCACCAACCUCAAGGUAUAUCAUGAGGUGUGGCUCGACGCCGAGACCCACGACAAUUUCUUCCACUGGCUAGACCACGGAGAAGGUAGAUCUCUGGACAUCCCCGCCUGUCCGCGCGAUCGCCUUGAGCGCGAACGAGUGCGGUACCUCUCCCGCGAGGAGCGCCAGUACUACCUCGUCGAGGUGGAUAGCGAAGGGCGGCUUUGCUGGGCCAAGAACGGCAAUCGGAUUGAUACAACGACGGAUUUCAAGGAUAGCUUGUUCGGCAUUGUCCCCAAGGACGACCCGGCCCCGACCUUCAACCCUGAGUCUUUGGACUCGCAAGACCACCCCGUGAGCCUCGAUUCCUCUGACGAAUCGGCUGAAGAAGCUGAUCGAGCUGCCAAGUACGCGACGCCUGAGUUUGACAAAGCCAAGGGCCCCAAGAAGUUUUCCCAUUUGUCUACUACUACCAUUACCAAUAAACUUCUUCGCAAGACUGUUCGCAAAAACACCUGGAUCUUCGUCGCCGAUGGUCACUACCGGCUCUACGUCGGCAUCAAGGACUCAGGCAGCUUCCAACAUUCUUCUUUCCUACAAGGGAGCCGCAUCCGUGCUGCUGGUCUCAUCAAAAUCAAGGAUGGCCGGUUAAGGGCUCUCAGUCCCCUGAGCGGACAUUACCGGCCCCCGGCCUCCAACUUUCGCACCUUUGUGAAGAACCUCAAGGAAUCGGGAGUUGACAUGGGCCGCGUCUCCAUUUCCAAGUCGUACAUGAUUCUGACCGGUCUGGAGAUGUACGUAAAGACGAGCACCAAGGGCAAGAAAAUGAUGAACAAGCUCCUUCAUCACAAGGAGCAGAUCGUUGACCCGACCAAGGCCGCUCAAAAGGAAGAAAACCAAAAGGACCAGAGCAAGAGCGCGAGGCGAGAGCGCGAGGUCCUGGAGGAGGAGAAGCGCGAGAAGGAGGGGCGGGCCGAACUCGAAAAGGCCGAGCAGGGUGGCCGGCGACCGAGUCUGGGCGACCUGGCUAAGAAACUUCACAUUUCACACGAGAAGCGGGAUGGGCAGGUGCAUAAUGGUGUAGUUGAUGGGAGCCAGGGGUGA